CGCAAAGUUCUCCGAAAAGCCCUGCAAGCACACAGCCAAAAAAGUAGAUAUACCAUGCCAACACAUUUGCGAGAGCGAGCCAACCGGCCAACGUCAACGGGACACUCCAGCCUGGUCUGUCAAAGCUGUGGGACGUACCUGAUCACUAGUCGGUCGUCUUUGUUUGAUUUUAUUGAUAGUGCGUGUAUUGUUAAUUGUUUAUGUUUCCGUUAGUGUUUGUUGUUACUUGCGUGUGUGUGCGCCAAAUUGUUUGACGUCUGACUUGUAUCAUAUAAUAUUCGCGUGAAAUAAUGUGGCAGCAGGAGUUUCCCAACAACGACUUGCUGGAGGAAUUCGAGAGGUUGCACUUGGACGAUGACGAUUUGAACAAAGAUGUCAUCAGAAAGAGGAUACCGCGAAUCAGUCCCAAGUCCGUUUACUUCCAGAAGAAGGUUUUUCCUGAGAUAAACAGCCAUAAAUCGAACAAAGAAAUUGUCAAAAGCAACUACAGUCAAGACAGUUUGGAAGAUCAGAUUACAACAAUUCAAAACGUUCUGAAACUACAGCAUCAAUUGGGGGUCGAAAUCGUUCAAAAGAAUGGACAAAGAAAACUUGGUGGUCCACCUCCUGGAUGGACAGGCCCUCCACCUGGGGAAGGAUGCGAAAUAUUUGUGGGAAAAAUUCCAAGGAACAUUUAUGAAGAUAAAAUAUAUCCUCUCUUCAGUAAGGUUGGAGAAAUUUAUGAAAUGCGCCUGAUGAUGCAUUUUUCGGGCAACAACAGAGGAUAUUGUUUCAUCAUGUACACAUCUCGAGAAUCAGCUGAACAAGCUGUCAAAUUACUGAAUAAUUACGAGAUUGCCCCAGGAUCGUGCAUCGGAGUCAUCAAGAGUUUGAACAACUGUCGUCUACAUGUAACUGAACUACCUGCACAUGUGGAUGUGAAAACUUUAACGAAAAGACUUUGGGAGCACUGUGAUGAGAUUGACUCAGUAUCGAUGUAUACUUACCUGAACAACCCUAGAAGAAAAGAUGUACUAAUUCGUUUCAAGACUCACAGGGGUGCUGCCAUGGCUAGAAGAAGAAUGAUACCAGAACGGAAUUUGCUGUUUGACAAGUCAGACGUCAGAGUUGAUUGGGCCGACCCUAAAACUAUCUUUAAAAAUGUAACUAGUCCAAUAAAAAAGAACGAAACUCGCGAAUCAGCAGUCAGUAAAAUCAACAACAACAAAGUGUCCAAGCAUAGUCAUGUGAUUCUUGCCAAGCAGCGCAACAACGAGUCGUGUCUUCUCACUGGGUGA